AUGGGAAAUACUGUUCAGGUCAACCCGGACAUAAAGAACUACUGCAUUCAGGCUAGAGAGGAUGAUGCUACUGAGGGCGAAGCAUGGACCAUGAAGCCAGAGCUUCCAUCGUCGGACGAGAUCCUGGGAACUGACUUGCUAGAGGAUGACGAGGAUUGCGUCGAGCUCAUGCCAAAUCGCAUCAGUGGUCCGUGGUCAUCCAAGGACUCUUAUCUUAGAGCCCAUUACGAACUUUUACGAGAGGAUGCUGUUGCUCCCCUGAGAGAUGCCGUGGCUUACGUGAGAGAUGAUCCUCAAAUGAAGGAUUCCCCGGCGGUGUCUAUCUACGAGAAGGUUUAUAUCAUUGGGGUUACUUUUUCGCAGAGAGGCCUGGCUUUCCGCGUUCGAUUCUCGACUCAUCGCGCCGGCAAGAAUAUCGUCUGGGAAUACUCAAAGCGCCUGAUCUCCGGAACCACCAUUGCACUUUCUCCAGCCAAUGACUGCUUUCGAAGUGAAUGUGUUGUUGGUGUCGUGGCUGCCAGGCCUGUAGAGGGAGUCAAGCAACAGCCACCCGAGAUCGAUAUUUUCUUUGCCCGACCUGAACAAGCCGACUUCGACCCUCAUCAGGAGUGGAUUAUGGUGGAGGCAAAAACCGGCUACUAUGAAUCGCUGAGGCAUACUAUGAUGGCUCUUCAGAAGAUGCGCAAGGAAAGUUUCCCUCUAGCGGAGCAUAUAUGUUCCUUGGAACCAAACAUCGAGCCUCCGGAGUACAUCAAAGACCGCCCCAUUCUUGACAUACAUUCAGGUCUCACCAGAUCCGAGGAAGAGGGCAAAGUGAACGUCCUCGAUGCCUGGCCCAAGUCCCCAACCGGUGAUCUAGACGCAGCACAGUGGGCAGCCCUUGAACAAAUCCUCACGAAGAAGCUGUCGAUAAUCCAAGGCCCCCCGGGAACUGGAAAAACAUUCGUCUCGGUAGUUGCCCUGAGGAUUUUGUUGUCGAACAUGAAGGAAGGGGAUCCGCCUAUAUUUAUUGCAGCCCAGACAAAUCAUGCGUUGGACCAGCUUCUGACCCACAUUUCAAGUUUCGAGACGAACUACAUCCGUUUGGGAGCGAGAAGCAGUGAUCUCGAAAUCAAAAAGCGAACUCUUUUUGUUGUCAGACAAAGGGAACCCGCUGCUACCAUCCAGGGAAGCGUUUUUGGAUCGGCUAGGAAAAGGUCCCAGAAUUUCAUCGCGACCAUCUCCGAUAUCUUGCAACCUUUUAUUCAGGAGGAUGGCUCUUCACCAUUACCAUCGUCUCUUUUCCUAAAGUAUGAGACUUUGACCCAGGAACAAUACGAAUCACUUGAGCAAGGUGCCAGUGGGUGGAUUCGUCCUGGAACAGAGGACGAAGAUGUCGACCCGAUGGUUGCUUGGAUUGGAGAUGAAGGAAAGAAAUUCCAGGUCAAGUAUACGAAAGAAAGAUUUGGAUUUUCUGAGGACGAAGUGGAUCUCGAGUACGAGCAACUGAAAGAAUUGGAGGCAGAGCAGGGGCUUGAGGAAGAUUGCUAUGGUGGUCUCAGAGGCCAGUACACAACCAUUCGCGAUGAGUUCCGUGGACGUGACGUCGGCUCCAUCUCUGAAGCAGCGGCCCUAGACUAUCUCAAAUGCUUUGAUAUGUGGAAGAUCCCGCCUAAAGCACGAGGUGCUGUUUACAACGUCCUCCGAAAACUUACCAAAGAAAAGAUCUUGUCCAAGUUUCGCACCCUACUAGCACUGUACAACGCCAAUUGUGAAGAUUUGCAGAUUGGAAAGUGGGAAAGAGACCAUACGAUUCUUCGAAACGCCAAGGUUAUUGGGAUGACAGCGACCGGUUUGAGCAAGUACCGAGCGCUCUUGUCGAGCUUGAACCCCAGAACUGUGUUGAUAGAAGAAGCCGCUGAAGCUAUCGAAGCGCCAAUUUCUGUUUCUUGCUUCAACUCCCUUCAACAGCUUAUCCUUGUCGGCGACCAUAAGCAGUUGAGGGGCCAUUGCUCUGUUCAAGAUCUUGGGGGAGAGCCUUUCUAUCUUGAUGUGUCGAUGUUUGAGCGACUUAUUCGAAAUGAAAUAAAAUACGUGACUCUCAGACGACAGAGACGAAUGGCGCCAGAGAUACGUCGCUUGCUGGGACCUAUCUACGGCGAGUUGCAGGACCACCCAUCAGUGGAGGAACGACCCGAGGUCCCUGGCAUGGUGAAUCGCAGGUCGUUCUUUUUCAGUCAUAGCUGGCCGGAGAACAGCGAUAGUUUGUCGUCGAAGUUCAACGAUAUGGAGGCGCAGAUGGUGGCAGGCUUCUUCGUCCACCUCGUACUCAAUGGUGUCUCGCCCAAUGAUAUCACGGUGCUGACGUUCUACAACGGCCAGAGGAAGAGACUGCUAAAACUGUUGAGAGGUCAUCGUGAUCUUCAGGGACGCUACAUAAAGGUUGCCACGGUUGACUCGUACCAAGGUGAGGAAAAUAAUGUUGUGAUUUUGUCUCUUGUGAGAAGUGGUGGAAAGAAAAUUGGUUUUCUUGCGACGGAGAACAGAGUCUGUGUGGCACUUUCGCGCGCGAAACAAGGAUUCUACAUCUUUGGAAAUGCGCAUGCGCUUGGAUCUGCGAACUAUCUCUGGUUUCGGGUGAUUUCCAUUAUGGGCGAGGGUGAAGGUGAAUCUCGUGGUGUCGGAUCCGUCUUGCCCUUGAAAUGCUCGGCUCACGGCAGGAAGACGCUCAUAUCAGAGCCUUCUGACUGGGAAAAGAUAAACGGUGGCUGCGAUUGGAGCUGUAACGGAACCCUGCCUUGCGGACACAAGUGUACCCUAAAAUGCCACAGUUUCCCCCACAAAGAAGUCCUUUGCAACCAGAUUUGUGACAAGAAGAUGUGCUGUGGACACACCUGCGAUAAGGCUUGCUCGAACAGUCACAUUUGCGUUUGCUCAUGCAGACUGGCCGCUGAAAUCGCCGCCGCCGCGAUAAUGGAAGGAAACUUGAUUUCUGAGCCUGCUCCUGAGCCUACUCCUCAGCCAGCUCUUUUACCAGUUGUCAAACCAAAAAUAUCGGAGAAGGAGCUUAUGCGUCGGAGACUGGUCAGCGAAUACCACGCCUACGCCAAUGGUGGAGCCCAGGAACAUGAUACGAUUCUUGCGAACGCAUCUACAAAGCAACGGAGCAAGAAGCAGAAGGCCCACAAAGUCGCUAUUGGAGACUUGCUUGGAGAGGACAUGCCUGAAAUCGUGAAUUACUUGAAGCCUGACAACAAAGAGAAUGUUAAGCCUCGCGAAAAUGGGGUUGGUGAGCACGAGAUGCGAGGAUCUAGCUCAACGCCGCAAUGGAGUCUUUUGGACUAA